AUGUCAAAUGUCAAGAGCAUCAUCGUGGAUGUCGGCGAACUGCCUACCAAAGAUCCGGUCUUGAAGCCAAAUAUUCUGGAAUUAUUUUCCUUGAAGGGAAAGGUGGCUUCAAUCACAGGCUCGUCUCAAGGAAUUGGCUAUGCCAUUGCUGAAUCUUUUGCUCAAGCAGGUGCUGAUAUUGCCCUGUGGUACAACUCAACUCCCGCAGAUGAACUUGCUGCAUCUCUUUCAAGCAAGUACGGCGUCACUGUGCGUGCGUACAAAUGUCCUAUCGACGAUUUCUCCGAGGUGCACAAGACCAUCAACAAGCAGGUUGAGGAUUUCGGCCGUAUAGAUGUGUUUGUGGCAAAUGCAGGUGUGGCCUGGUCAAAGGGUGAAAUUCUGGGGAUGUCGGACGACGAAGGUCAACGCGAAUGGCGCAAAAUCUGGUCGCUGGAUGUCGAUGCCGUAUACUACUGUGCCAAGUCGGUUGGAGAAGUGUUCAAGAAACAGGGCUAUGGGUCUUUCAUCGCGACUGCUUCCAUGUCCGGCCAUAUCGUGAACUUCCCCCAAAUGCAAUCGCCUUACAAUGCAGCCAAGGCUGCAGUUUUGCAUCUGAUGAAAUCCUUUGCUAUUGAGUGGGCUGGAUUCGCUCGUGUCAAUACUGUUUCUCCUGGAUACAUUAAAACCGAAAUGACCAAAAGUAUUCCUCUGGAGACGCGUGCACAUUGGUGGCCUAUUAUUCCUAUGGGACGUGAGGGCUUACCCCAGGAAUUGGCUGGUGCAUAUCUGUACCUGGCUAGUGAUGCUUCGACCUACACAACUGGAUCGGAUAUCAAGGUGGACGGAGGAUAUUGUGCGGUAUAG